AUGAAGAUCUCUAUUACCGCACCAGCUAUUCUCUCCCUCAUUGUACCUGUUAUCUUAGCAGAUAAUAUACCUGCUUUAAACUAUAGAGCACCCACAGUCAAUGAUGUCAAGGAACGCAUUGCUGCUCCUGCUAAUUCUACCUUGUUUGAUGUCUGGUACGCCAAAGGAAACCGUAUCUAUCAAUGUAAUCCGGAAUUAACUGGAUUUUUGCAUUGGUACAAUGUGCAAACCCACGCAUUUUUAUACCAAGCUCAAGGUCAAUCUACUCCCUUUGAUAGACCUGAUAAUCUAGUAGGCCAACUUGCUGCUGCUCCUUUGAGCCCUGAUGCUCAAGAAGCCAAUCCAGUAGAUACAGUGCCUGUCAUUUAUUCUUACAGAGAUGGUUCUUGGGUAGGUACAUCAAGACCCAUUGCAACCACUACCAAAGAAGAAGGCCGUGCUGAACGUGGCGAUAGUCAAAACUUGGAUGACCACUUAACCUCUUCAAGAUAUUCUUCUACAAAUGGCUAUUUAUCCCAUGCCAAAUACCUUGUCCGUAUUGGCUCUUUGGACGGUGUUGUCCCUGCACCUGAAGAAUGUACAACAAAGGGUCGUUUGAUCAACAAGCCUUUCACAGCUUACUUUAUGUUCUAUGCCGAUGAAGAUGGUGUCGAGCAAUUGGCUGAAGAAAAAGCUGAAUGGGAACGUAUGGUAGCAGAAUACACGCCAGAAAAACUCAAUAUUGAACAUGAAGCUGCUGAUCAACGUGUUCAUGCUGAACCAUAG